AUGAAGCAGGCCGAGGCCACCGUCCGCGUCGUGCCGCGCCGUCCGCGCCGCGGCCGCCACCCGCCGCGUUCCCGCCGGCCCCGCAGCCGCCGCGUGCCGGCCUGCCGCCAGCCAGACGGCCAGCGUGCAGUUGACGCUCGAGUUGUUUGUUGCGACGGAACGAGAGCGUCGUGCGCGUUGGCGGAAAUGAGGCGGGACGCCGGUGACGUUCAAACCAGCGCUGCAAUGGUGUUUCCAGUGAAGACGAAUUUGAGAGCAAAAUGGAAAACACCUGAGAGAUCAUACAGCGAAGUGUGCAAGGAUGACAACGGGUCUAAUCAGCACGUGAUUGGCAAAAAGCGCCUUGGCCUUUGUUGCCUACUUGGAGCUUCUGAGAGACUCCGUCACUCAUCGGUCGAGUUCCGACUGCAACGCAAUAAAAAUUAUGUUCCAUCUGAAUUCAUUCAGCCGCAUUCUCUCCUUAUGUCCACUUCGCUCACUCAGAACACGACGGUCCGCAGAGCUACGAAGGGGAUACCAGAGUCACGAUGGACACGAAGAUUAAAACUGCAAUGCACUUGGUUGACUCUGUUUCAUAAAUUUCUCGAAGUCACUUGCUGGACACGACUCCACUCAGGAAGAGAAGGACAACAGUUGCCAGUUGCCUGCGGUGCUGUUGCUCUUGGGCGAAGAAGUCCCCGACCCUUCCAGAAUAAGCAUCAAGAGAGAACGCGACGAGGACAUGGGUCGAAUCCUUUUCAUAAAUUUCUUAAAGGACAAAAGACCAAAACAGAUGCUACGUCAGAAGACCUCUUCUUCCAGUCUGGUAGCGAAGGAGUCGCCAAACAAACUCAGUGCCAAUACGAAAGAGCGCAAACUCCAAACUCAAGG